GUUCAACUUCACGCAUUUUCAACCCCCGGGGGUCAGAGUGGGGCCACAAUCAGGGAUCAAAGUUUUACAUGGGAAUAUAUAGUAAAAAAAAAUGUGUGAAAAUUGUCUUGUGAACAACAGCCAUGUUUAUAGGCAAACAUCUUCAGGUAAUACAGAUUCAAAGUUAAUGAAAUCAAUGAUCCUGCAAUGCAAACAUCACAAUGUUUUGUGCAAAUUCAUAUUUCACUAGGGUUGGCUUAAAUAGAGUAUCAAAGUAUAUAAGUAACAGGACCACACUAAAUCAUAUCAAUAUGCAAAUGUUCAGAAUUCAGCGUUGUUGGGAUUUUAGUGGACCCUCACUAGGAUAUAGGUUUAAAAUCAGGAAUCAAAUGUUACAUAAUUACUACAUUAAUAUAGAGGAAAACAUCUUCUAGAAAAUGAAGACCGCAUUAGUCAUACUGAUUUAGAGUCAUCCCCAUGUUGUGAUUCAGGUUGAUAUUAGUCACAACCUCCUGCGGCUGGGUUGGGGUCAAUUAAAGAGGGAAAAGACGUUUUGAAAAUGUUCUGGAAGAACCGGCCACAGCCGAGGUGACUCGGGUGAGCAAUGUGGUCCAUGGACGUAUUGUUGCUCUUUUUUUAUUACUUGGUGACAUCAGUUAGAUCAGAUGUAAAAUGCAUUUUUUGAAACCUGAAUGCAUCGUAAACUCUAUGCAGGUCAAGGCAGAAGUGUGCUUUAAUUCUAAUGUUCGCGCCUGUCAACAUGAAACACAAGGAACAGAAAUAUAACCUUGAUUUGACAUUUUAGAUUUUUUGCCUUUGAAUACUAGAGUAUGUGGACUUUCGUGUUAUUCAUUGAUCUGAGACAGCUGAGUGUAAUUAAAUUGCCCAAUACUGGGCCACUUAUUUCUGCAAAUGAAAUAGUCUCAAGAGUUUUAAAAUAGAAUUUGGCCAUUAUCCCUAUACACUUUUUAUGUGACACAUAAUAUUACAAAAAUUUAUAUCUGAAAAAUGAAUUAAAUUGAAUAAGAUCAAAGUAAAAGAAAGUAUAAUGAAAAUCUGAAGAAAACAAACAAACAAACAAAACAAACAAGAGGCCCAUGGGCCACAUCUCUCACCUGAGUCACCUUGGCCCAUAUCUGAAGACUUUCCAUAUAUAUUUGCAUGUAAAACCUUAGUCCCUAUUAUGGCCCCAACCUACCCAUGGACAGGCCAUGAUUUUUGCAAACUUGGAUCUAUACACAAUGUCAGAAAUCUUUCAUGUAAAUGUUAACUUUGGCCCAAUGGUUCUUGAAAAGAAGAUUUUUAAAGACUUUUCCUAUAUUUAUAUGUAAAACUUUGAUCCCCUAUUGUGGCCCCAUCUUACCCCCGGGGGCCAUGAUUUGAACAAACAUGAAUCUACACUAUGUCAGAAAGCUUUCAUGUAAAUAUCAGCUUUUCUGGCUCAGUGGUCCUUGAGAAGAUUUUUAAAGAUUUUCCCUAUAUAUUUGUAUGUAAAACUUUGAUCCCCCCUUGUGGCCCCAUUCUACCCCCGGGGCAAUUAUUUGAACAAACUUGAAUCUACACUAUGUCAGAAAGCUUUCAUGUAAAUAUCAGCUUUUCUGGCUCAGUGGUUCUUGAGAAGAAGAUUUUUAAAGAUUUUUCCUAUAUAUUUGUAUCUAAAACUUUGAUCCCCCCUUGUGGCCCCAUCCUACCCCCGGGGGCCAUAAUUUGAAAAAUUUAGAAUCUGCACUACCUAAUAAAGCUUAUCUAUAAAUUUCAUAUUUUCUGGCCCAGUGGUUCUUGAGAAGAAGAUUUUUUAAUGACCCUACCCUAUUUUUACCUUUUCUUGAUUAUCUCCCCUUGGAAGGUGGCCUGGCCCUUUAUUUUAACACUUUAGAAUUCCCUUUACCUAAGGAUGCUUUGUGCCAACUUUGGUUGAAAUUGGCCCAGUGGUUGUUGAGAAAAAGUCAAAAAUGUUAAAAGUUUACAGACGGACCGAUGGACGCCCGACUAUGGGUGAUCAGAAAAGCUCACUUGAGCUUUCAGCUCAGGUGAGCUAAUAAUGUAUUAAUUUGUAACAUCAAGUAUAAGUAUUGUAUUGAAACCUCCAGUUGGUUGGAAUAUUGGUAGGCUUCACUCUGUUGUAACAAUUGCAGCAAAUCCUAAGUUUAAAGAUUCAGAAAAUCUUUAGAUUCAUUGAAUUUGAAACUUAUUUAAUGCCAAUGAAUUCUGAGCUUGAUAAAUGAUGACCUUCCAUGGCAAGGCAUAUCUGUAAACAAUAUGCAUGCUUAGCUUGGUCAAAUAUUGCUUUCAUUCUUGUUUACUGAAUGCAUGUCCAUGGUGGGUUUGAUUAUGGGUAUUACUAUGCUGACUUGAAGCAUCCAGCAUCAUCACUGAUAAUAUCAAUAAUUUUUAAUUUGCUUUGUCCUUUAAAACUUAAUUCAAUUAUCAUUAAAAAUUGCAAGGGCAUCUUCAUUACUACAGAAAUGAAUAGCAAAUAUUUAGAGAUGAAGAUUGAAUGCUCUAUAACAUGCAGAUUAAACACAGAUUUUCUGUUUGUACAGUAAGCAAUCUGGCCUUUAAUUGCAUGACUGAAUUAUGAAAAAGAAAAUGUUCAUAUUAAUGAAUUCCUCUGAUGAUUGGAAACAUAUAAUGCUGUGCUCUCAAUCUGUAUUAAGUAUAGAACUCUUACAAAAAAUUACAGCAGUCACAAAAGAGGCCUUUUAAUACCAGGGACACAGUGAGAGAUAUUAUGGAUGGACAUACAGAAAGCAAUUGAUUUACAUUCAACUGUCUUUUUUCAAGUUAGGAAACUUGAGAGUGCCAAUUUGAUUUUGUGAAGUAUUCUAUACACAAUUCAAUGAACAGCUAUUCAUCCUCUCGUUAUCUGUAAAAAAAAAAAAAAAAAAAAAAAAAAAAAAAAAAAUUAUUUAUCUACAAGUUGUCAUGAACUGAGGGAGUUUUGUUAAAUUUAUUGAUGAGGCAAUAUCUAUUGUGUAGUUCUGGUCUGAUGGAAAAUGCCAAGACAUGUACAAGAGCAGAUAAAAAAAAAAAAAAGGAAACUUGGCUUCUGAGGUUUUAACAGCCAAAUUGUCAUAAUCAAUAGAAAUCUUGUAGAUUUGAGAAGUAGGAUUGAAUGUGCUGAAUGAGAUAUAAAAUUGAUUGUGAUACUUUGUAACAGAGUUGCAAGGAAGUUGACACAAGAAAUGUGAAGGAUUUCCUACAGGUUAAGCACUCCAGUGAUCCGGACUCCGGCUUUCUAAUUAUUCCUCUUCAUUUGGAAUGUUAAUUCCACAGUGAUUUCAUCUGUUGUCGAAGAACUUCUCAAUGCCUGUCCAAUUGUCUAAAAUGAAUUGGAUUGCCUGUCACUUUGAAGGAAUGCUCUUAUUCGGUGACUUCUGACUUAGGGGUUGAACCGAGAAAGAGAUACUUCACCAACAUCUUGGCAUUUGUCUGGGAAAAGUUCACGAGAGUAGAAAGGAAAGGAAAAUUCAGGUUAUAUUCAAUCACUUGGUUUACUUGAGGUUUUCAAUUGACUCUGUGGAAUUCAUUGAUGACUGGUGAAAGUCUGUCAUUGAAAACAAAGGUUUCAGAUUCAUCGUAUUGUUGUACCCAGAACAGGCUGCUACACUUGGAUUUCCCAGUGCAUGUGAGUCCUAAAUUCCACCAAUAUUCACUCAAUCUGGCAGGGAAUUACUGUGAUAUCAAACAUGGUAAACUUACAAUACAAAAAGUCAAAGAGGAAAUGGACUUAGCCAAAUUUAAACCGGACCCCGAGCGUCCCCGGAUAUUUAUGUCCAAAAAUGGAAAGGUUGUCAUUGUGUUUCCAAAUGGAGAAAUUGUGGAAGUGGCUAAUCCUCCAGACCGAGCAAAAGAUGACUCCAGUGUAGGAGCCAAGAAUGGACAGUUGUCAAGGGCUGGUUCUUUGACUGUCCUGAGAAGAACAAACUCCAAAUCAAAAUUGCCCUCCACAAGUAGUAGUCGAACGUCGAGUAUCGCAGAAAGUGACUCGUACGCAAGUGUGGACCUUGGCACUGACAAACUUCCUCCAAUCGACACACCAGAAGCCUCUCAUGUUUGCUCAAUACGCUUACGAAAUAUUUUGAGAAGAAUACAGAAUGGAGAAGUUUCAAAAGAAGAUUUACACAAGAAUCUGGAAUAUGCAGCUUCUGUUCUGGAAUCCGUCUACAUUGACGAAACCAGUACUAGUAAGGACACUACCAAAAAUUCCGUAGAAACACCAACUUCCUUCCCUAAGUCGCCCCCAGAAAGACUUACUGAUGAGGACGAUGAACUCAGCGAAGUAGAACCCGAUGCAGUCCCCACAGAGGUCAGAGAUUGGUUGGCCUUAACCUUCACCAGGUCAAUGAGCAAUGUCCGGCGGAGAGGACUGGAAAAACCCAAAUUCCGCAGUGUUGCCCAUGCCAUUCGGGCGGGCAUCAUGGUGGACAGAAUUUACAGGAGGCUCUCCAGUUCUGCCACAUUACAUAUUCCCCCCGCUGUCUUGCAGCUCCUCAAGGGCAUGGACGAUUGGUCGUUCGAUGUGUUUUCAUUAAAUUCUGCUGCAGAUGGACACUCUCUGAAAUAUGUGGGUUAUGAACUGUUACAAAAAUAUGACUUGGUUACUAAAUAUAAGAUAAAUAGUUCUAUGUUGGACUCUUUCCUGCUGCAAUUAGAAGUGGGAUAUAGCAAGUACAAGAACCCAUACCAUAAUCUGGUCCACGGAGCGGACGUGGCUCAGACCGUGCACUAUAUCCUGUCCCAAAGUAAACUGGCACAUUGGUUAACAGACCUUGAAGUGUUUGCCACCAUCAUUGCAGCUUUGAUACAUGAUUAUGAACACACAGGAACUACCAAUAAUUUCCACAUUCAAACAGGGUCCGAAUUUGCUGUACUGUAUAAUGAUAAAGCUGUGCUGGAGAACCACCAUAUAUGUGCCUCAUUCCGAAUCAUGAGAUCAGAGGAAGCCAACAUUCUCAAUCACCUUAGUCGAGAGGAGUACAGAGAAUUCCGAGCUUUAGUGAUUGAAAUGGUGAUGGCAACAGAUAUGUCUUUCCACUUUCAACAAUUGAAGAACAUGAAGAACCUGCUAGGAAUGCCAGAGAACAUAGAUAAACAGAAGGCUCUGUCCCUGGUUCUACACUGUGCUGACAUCAGUCAUCCAGCAAAGGAUUGGAAUCUCCAUCGGCGCUGGACCAGCCAACUCCUGGAGGAGUUCUUCAAGCAGGGGGACCGGGAGCAGGAGCUGGGACUCGCCAUUUCCCCACUGUGUGACCGUGAGAAGACUCUGGUAGCUGAGUCACAGAUAGGUUUCAUUGAUUUCAUUGUUGACCCCAGUUUUGCUGUGAUGACAGAGAUGUUGGAGAAAAUUCUAACCCCUCUGCAGAAAGCAGCUCGAUCUGAGGACGCUAUCUCUGAAGAAGUGUUUGACAAAACAGACAAAAGUACGAGUACAAAUUCAUUACAUCGAGUGUGCAAUAAAGAGGCACGCUUGACCAGAAAGUCAGGUAAAUAUAUACUGUCCACGCCGUGGUCUGAUUGUUUAGCAGACAACAAAAACAAAUGGAAAGUUCAGGCUGCUAAAGAUGCUGAGGAAAGAAAGCAGAAAGAGGCAGAAGAGCUAUCAAAAGAAACCAGCAACACAAACAACAACACAACAAAACCUAUUGCUCCCCCUGGUGGGCCAACGCCAGCCGUGAGCUGUAGCGCAGGUAAGGGCGGGAACUAAAGCUCUCCGCCAAUCACUGGACAGCACUAUCCUCCAAUGGCAUUCACUCUCAGUAUUGUGUGCAAAAUCAUGCAACCAACCAGAAAAUUGUUGUUGUACAGCCUCUUAUCUCAAUGGAUCUUUCAACCUUUUGGGCAGCCUACAAUCUUCCAUCUGACCUUUGAACUCUGGUGAUUUUUUUUUUACUGGUUAAGAUAUGUGUAUAUAACUGUUAAAUAUGAAUAAAUUGAUAACAAAGAUGUUAUGUGAUAUAAUGAUGUAUAUGUAAUGUUAAUUCAGAAGAUUAUAGUGAUUUAAUGCCACGAAGGCAUGAUAUUAUUGAAGUAGUUGCAUUUUUCAUCACCUCAUUUUGUUUAUAAAAUAAAAUUGUUUGACUCUC